CUGCUCGUUUGGUUUCCAUAGCACCGCCCUCAGGAGAGCUGCUGCUUUUAUAAAUGGGACAACAGUCCUUAUUUUGGUGAAAUUUACAAACAUAAAAACGCCAAAUGUGAACGAAUACUCAAUGUAAGGUAGUAGAAAACAAAUCCCACACGACGAAGGCCCCAUAAUGUAAGAUUUUAUUUAAGAUGUUGUUAUAAAAAAUCGUAAUUUUUCUUAUUAACAAGAGAAAAAGCCUCGUGUAAAUUCACUAUUUUCUAUGUUAUUUUCAUUUUGCUCGUGGUUUGUCGCGAGCAGCAGCCCAGAUGUCGCACGCGGAGCUGCUGUCGCUGACCUAGGUGCUGAAAACACGACGUCAGAUGAACCCGCGCUCACCGCAGGAGCCACGAGCCAGCCUCACUCCCUCUUUGAUUCACCGCGGCCACUUCAAACACCCACCUCUGCCUCUUUUUUCUUUUUCUAACUUUUCCUCCUUUUUCAUUUUCUAUCCAUCCUUUCUCUCUCUCUGCCCGUGGACACGUAGAGGUCCAUUUCGACGCCGGCUGUUAAUUCCACUUCCUUUUGUGUGUGUGUGUGUUUUUGUCGUGAUGGCAGAGCGCGCGGCUCCUGUGCGAGAGGCAGGAGAGGAGUCGGUGGCGGAGGAAGGGGCGCAGCUCGUGUAAAAUCUUUACGCUGUUUUCGUUUUUAAGUCUAAGAAAAAGAAAAUAGCCUCGCUCUUUUUUGGGAUCGUCGCCUCACUUGGACUCAGAUCGGUCAGAAGUUGGUUCGCUGUUUUCUUUGGCCAUCCUGCGCCGUAACAUGAUGAAUAAGCAGUAAGAAUAAGAAAGAGAGAGAAAGAGAGAAACAGGCCGAUUUAUACAAACAGGACAUGGAGUCCGUGAAGAUGAGUGCCACGGCGGGGAUGAAGGAAUUUGCGGGGAAGGCCCUGGGUCAUAUGCACAGGUAAGGCUGCGUGUUUUUUUUACACUCUCUGUCUUGUUUCGGUUUCCUUAUGUUGAGGUGGAGUGACUAAAAUGCUUAAAAUAAACCAGACAGUCCUAAAGAAGGAAAGUGCGGGUUCGCACGUCUCUAAAAAUUGUUUUACUACUCACAGGGAUCUCUAGUCACGCCUCUGGGAGUGUGGAGGAACAUUAUGCAAUCGAAUGUGUGAGUGCGUGCACGUAUGUGUGUGUAUGUGCGUGCGCGCCCCUCCUGAUGCAGGGGCCUGUAGGAUGCACGAGUCUCAUCAGCAGACAGGUUGAGUAGGACGUGCAGGCCACGCGCGAAAUUUUGGGGAGAUUCAUUCAUGAUUUAUAAGACAAUUCAUAGUAUCUGACGUACGAAUAAUAAAACACACACACGGCCUCCCGUGUCAGACAGGUUUACAACAACGAGGGUACCGUUUCUGUGUGUCUUCUGAGACAUGAAGCAAAACAUGAAUAUUAACAGAUGAGGAUCCUGCUGCAUAUUAAACUGUGUUUUUACACGAUCGAGCAGAGAUACUGUGUGAGUCCAACCAAAUGAAGAAUAAUGCCUCUGCACACACAUUUGGUUCAUGUAAAUUUUUCAAGAAAACAGGCUACAUGUCGAGGCCUUUGAUUUUAUGCCACCUACAUUUACUUACACUUAUAUUUCGACUGAAAUUCUUCUGCAGAAAUGGGAUUUUUUCGAUUUUUUUCCAGUCUGAUUUUGAUGUAAUGGCGUGGUUGGCGUGGGGGAAAAAAGGAAAACCAUUUUGAGGAAUGCCCACAGACGUAGGCUGCGUGCGUGCGCAUGUGUGCGCGUGUGUAUAUGUGUGGGUGCAUGGGGCUUCUGCACGGUCCCGUGAAUACUAAUGAGUGUGGAAGUGAGCGGGCUGCUGCAAUGCGGUACAGUCAGGGACGUGUUCGUAUGCUCUCAGCUUCAUGCCAAGUUGUUUUUUUUUCCCUGUCAAUGGUUAUUACUAUUAUCAUCAUUAUUAUUGUUGUUAUUAUCAUUGUGCAAACACAGAUGGAAGUAUUUGCUUGAAAUUGUGGUGGCCUCCCGAUGGGAACACCCCUCAGAAUAAAGCAAACAAACAGGAAAAAGGGACAAACCCCUCUCCAUAAAAUAUAUGAGUAUAAAAUGUUGUAUAAGCACCCUCAAAAAUAUUCCCCACUUUUUGUAAGGGCCUAUUCACCCGGUUAUAGUAUAUAUGCACACAUGUGAGAGCCUGUCUCUGCUCCAGGGUGAUGGAGAGGAAGCAGAAGACCGGGGAGGUGAUCGAGCUGACGGAGGACGGGAGGCCCCGAGAGGCCGCGGAGAAGAAACCCCCGCUGUGUGACUGCAACUGCUUCGGGCUGCCUCGCCGCUAUAUCAUCGCCAUCCUGAGCGGAUUGGGCUUCUGCAUCUCCUUCGGGAUCCGGUGUAACCUGGGCGUGGCCAUCGUGGGCAUGGUCAACAACAGCACCAUCCACCAGAACGGCAAGAUCAUCAUCAAAGAGGUGUGGCAACGUGGACCAAACGCGUCAAGACGCACGACACCUGAAUGUGAUUUUAGGUGUUUCAAUAAAAGGAGAAUACAGAGGAAAUAAUCCUCCCUUACUAGAUAAAAAAGAAUAGACAGUAUACUGUGAGGCCUGUCUGAAUAAAGAGGAACAACAUCAUCUUAAAAAUGUAAAAUCAAAACCAGUCCACUAUAAUGAUCGUCCAUAUAUUUUAAGAAUCACUUUCAUGCUUGUGCCCGAGGAAGUCUUCCGUACAGUGUCUCCAAAGAUGUCUUUCUUAUCAUAAACGCGCCACAUGAUCCCAUUUUAAAAUGUCAUAUUAUCUAGAAGUCAUCCCUCUGUGUAGAUUUUGCAGCUACCGAAGGCAACCUCUUAUUUAUUGUAAACCCGAAGCAGGUGACCUAAUGUAACAAUCAAGAAAUGAGCUCCACGGUUGUUAACAUAUAAGGCCUGUGAGUGCUAUAGGCCUCAUUAAAAACACGUGUCUUACAAAAUGUUCACAGAUAGAUCGCACACACCAAAAAUAUGCAACAGUCUCUACAGCAUUAUACAAAAAAAUCGAUUCGCAUAAGUAUCGCAAUUUUUUGUUUUACAAUUUUCAAAUCGAUUUUUUGUUCAAAAAUCUUUUUUUUCUCGAAUGUAAGAAUAAAUCUUAAAAACUGACUUACAUUUGAUGUUAAAUUUUUUUGGUUGCUGGAAUAGUCAGUAGACAAUCAUAAUCAUUCAGCUGUUUCAUUGGCGUUACAAAUGCAGACUAAAAAUCGAGAAAAUCGACAAUAUCGUAGAAUCGCAAUUUAAAUUGAAUCGGCAUCCAAACAACGUAGAAGAAUCAAAUCAGGAGAAAAGUAUAGCCCAGCCCUUUUAUAUAGGCUAUAUUCUCUAAUAUGAAGGUAAAUUGGAUGUAGCCGAUUUAUCUAUAUAGCCUACUUUUGCGUUAAGUCCAAAUUAACAAAGUUAUAACUAAAAAGAUAAUAUACAGGUACUUAUUAGCGACAAAAUGUCUUCUGACAGUGCACUAUGUAUCAAUGGGUCUGAUGAUCGGAUCAAUACAGUCUAAUCAGGUAACCCGUUUCAGGCCUAUAAUAAUAAACAGGCCUCACUUUCAGAACAGUUCAUUUAAAUACAGGCAGGUUCGUUCAGGUCAUGAGUUUGUCUGACAUGAAUUUACUUCAACAGAUUCAGAGGUUAUUUCACACUUAAGAAACAGAUCGUUUCUCAUCGUUGUUUUAAUUUAAUUCAUUUUCUUGAUUUUGUUGUUUUUUUUAGAAAGCCAAGUUCAACUGGGAUCCAGAGACGGUGGGGCUGAUUCAUGGCUCUUUUUUCUGGGGCUACAUUGUGACACAGAUCCCGGGAGGAUACAUCUCCUCCAGGCUGGCAGCAAACAGGUAGGCGGCUCUUCCUCCGUAUAAUAAUGCUCCACGAAUAAACUACAACACAGAGGCUUUUAUUUUGGCAGAUGAAGCACUUGGAUUUAUUCUUUAAAUAAUGUUUGGCCUAUUUUUCUGAAUGACUGAGCAGUUGGCGAGACUGGAGCUUCCUUUUACUCUGAACUCCAGAACAAAAGUGCGUCGAUUGACAAAAUAGACAAAGAAAAAAUGUAAAAAAAACAGUAGAGGCCAAACAAAAAAAUGGUGUUAUUCUCGCCUUAAUUAUGAAUGGUAAAGGUUUACAGUUAUAGGCUGGAGUAACCCUCCAGACAGUCACGUGAUGCAGAGUUGCAGCAGCAGGGAUUCAGCAGCAUUAAAGGCCUGCAGCCCGGGUUCAGGGCUCUCUGCCACCUGUUAAUGAGCUCCCUCGGGGGAUCCGGUCUAAUCUGGCGUUCAGUCAGGCCGAGGAGACCAGACCUCGCCUUGUUGCCAGAGUCUUUAAUUCACAUGAGCAAUGCCAGUGCGUCACGCGUUACGAUCAGGCCCACGUAAUAUUUCACACCCCGGGGGUAGAAACAGAAAUAAAGAUGAUAUUAUAGGCUGCUACACAUUUUAGCAUGUCUACUUAGACUAAAACCAAGACAGUCAAGCCUAGCAGUAAAAUGGCUCUGGUUAAACACAGGGAGACGGUUCAAAAAUAGGGGAGACCGGGGAUGGUUGUAACACGGGUCAAUUGUAACACUUCCAAUUUCUCCAAUUAGGAACAAGUUACAAAUCACCUGAUGCACUCUGCACAUGCCUAGUUUAGUCCUUGUUCCACGUGUGUACAUGGAAAAAAAACGUAUUUUGAGGUAAAAAAGUAUUUUUUUAAUUCAGAUAUUUUAUCAUAGCAUUGCCUACGAUGUAGUUGAACUAAUCAAACCUAAAUCACGUUUUUUGUGUGUCCAUAGAUAUUUUUCUUGCAAGUUGUUCAUUCAAAGGUUGUAGCUGUUAGCUGUAAAGUAAGCUAAUUCCUGAUGACAACGGCCUGGGUUAACAACAAAAUAAAACAACAUUUAUUAUCUUUAUGUUGUCUUUGAAAUUCAGUAUGCCUAGGGUACCUCUCAACAUUUUGUUCAGUUUACUAUAUUUAAAUGUUAAUAUAAGACACACACACACACUGCUGUUCAAUUGCACAUUUUGUCAGUUUUAUUAUUACAUUCAAAUCUUAGGCUACGUUCAUACUGUAGGUUACGAUGCACGAUUCUGAUUUUUUGUUAAAUCCGAUCUUUUUGUGCGGUUGUUCACAUUACAACAACGAAUGCGGCGUCUAAUGUGAACGGAAUGCGUCCGUGAAGUGACCCGCAUGCGCACAGAGCACAAAUUGCUUUCUGCGCCUGUUUUUGUUGUUGAACAAUGGUGACGUUUGUCGCAUAUUGAUGACGUAUAGGUCGGAUGAACGAGCCUGAGCGUCCACACUGCAGUCACAUCGGAUUCAUAUCCGAUUCAUAUCCACAUACAAAAGAGGCCUGGGUCGGAUUUGAAAAAAAUCAGAAUUGCACUGUUCACACUUACAUGAAAAAAAUUUGAUGCGUCACAUAUGGUUAAAAAAACGGAAUUGACCUGCAGUGUGAACAUAGACUUAAUGUAAGACCCACUGGACCCAUAAGGCCCACACUCUCGGAGUGCCAUAGAAAUUGUCUACAGUAGGCCUAUGUCUUGUCACCACUGUGAGUGACGAUGCUAGACAAAAAAGCACAAACACACAUAGCCCACUAAUAUUCAGUUAUGUUGAAAGGUAGUUAAAAUGAUAAAUAAAAAGCUCCCAAUGAGUAAAAUUUUGUCAUUAUCCUGAUUUUUUUAUGUCACAUUUCACCCCAGGGUAUUUUACAAUGAACCCAGACUAUGGGGUGAAUUGUAACAUUUCACUCCUUGUGUUUGAGACUAAAUUAUGCGUUGUCUGUUUGUGUUGCAGGGGUAACUGCUCCAGCCUUUAUUAGCAGACACAUAUACCAGUUUGAAUGCAUUGGCUUAAAAGAGCUCUAAGAUACAGACAGAAAUGUCAAAAAUGUUACAACCAUCCCCGGUCUCCCCUAUCUCUCUUAACGAAGGUUCAUUAUUUAGAGGAAAAGGGACAAAAAGCUGCUUGACACAAUCUAGUGUAGUCUAUGUGUUGCCUAUCUUUUCUUUUUCUAAGUAUUUAUCCGCACUCUUGUUGUUCCCAGCGCUAUUGAUUGACACGUGGAUGAAAUCGAAUCAAUUGGUCUCGUGCCCAACACUACUCUCAACCAGAUUAGGGCUUGCCCCCCGCGUGCAGAUGAGAGGGGCGAGGAGACGUGACAGAAAUGAGAAAUAGCUCGGUGUUUACAGACAGGCCUGAUCCUCCCUGCGCCUGAUUUAAGUCUGCUCAGCUGCCCCCCCUCGGGAUAAAGAAGAAAAAAAGAGAAGAUGAAAUUAUAAUUCAUGACGAAAGAACAGAUUUAAUUUCCAGUCUGUUCAGUAAUGUGUUCGUCUUUAACCAACGACACGGUUUCUCAGCUGACUGUGGCUCCGUGCGUUUUUAAGUAAAUGACAAACCGGUAAAAGUCACUUUACACCCAAUCUCUAAGACGUCAUUUCAAAAUUAGAUUUUAUUCCUCACGAGAAACAUAAUUCUUAAACAGUCCCUAAAUUGAUAUGGUUGCUAAGCGACACCAUAGACCAGUGGUUCUCAACUUGUGGGUCUAGACCGGAAAUUGGGUCGCGGGCACGUUCUGGAUGGGUCGCGAACAGCUGGUCAAAAAAGUAAAUAUUUAAUGCGCAUCUGAGUUUGACAUGUCUUUUAUUUUGAAAAAUAGCUUAUUUUGAAAGGUUUAUGUCGUGGUCCUCCUCAGUUUCUUAUUAAUGUGGCAUGACCACAGUAAAAAUACAUGAUUAUUAUUUAUUUAUUUAUUUUAUUUUUUUUUUGGUCUUUAUUUUGUGCAAUUUGAUAUGUAUUCACUUUUGUCCAUGCUGUUGCACGGUCCUCCUCAGGUUCUUCUGAGUGCAGAGAUGCAUAUAAGUCAAAUUUUUCAUUUUGCUGGUCUCCAUUUUGUGCGAUUUGAUAUUUUCUGUAUACGCAACUUCAGUAGUUGUCGUCCUCAGUUCAUGUGCUCUGAAAUGCACUUUACUCCAAAAAAUGGGUGUAUUUAUGUUAAAGAUUUGAGUCUUUAAAGGUUUCUUUUAUUAAAAAAAAUAAAUUUGCUUAGUUUAAAUUUUAUAAAAGUGGGUCGGAACUUAAGGACCAUGGGAAAAUGUGGGUCCAAGAGUGAGACCAGUUGAGAACCAAUGCCAUAGACUGUAGGCUAUACACCCUCCCAAUUACUUCUAUAACAUGGCCAUUUAAAACACAGCAGAUAAAAAAAACGUAAUAUCUUUGUCCUUUUGCUAGCUGCGUAUUGAUAUCACAUGUGAUAAAGGCGGGGAGGAUGGUCGACCUUAAAUAGAAAAAAGGCCCAUAAGUCUUUGACAUAUUUUGUGUUAUGUAUAAUUAAAAUCCCUGAGGCCAAUAAUAAUCUUUUCUUAAAACAGAAGAUAAUAUUUCAUCUUAAGUAAUGAUCUACUGCUCUAGUCCUUGACAUCAUGGCACAAAGCUGAAUUACAGCCUAUUAAUGACAAAUUCAGUGCCGCUGAAAUAAUAAUGAGGGGAGCUGCUAUAUAUGAAAAAGCUAUAUUUAGACAUCGUUUAAUCUUUUUCAGGGUAUUUGGAGCAGCCAUAGUCCUGACCUCCACACUCAACAUGUUCAUCCCCUCAGCUGCUCGGGUUCAUUAUGGGUGUGUCAUCUUUGUGAGGAUAUUACAAGGACUGGUUGAGGUAAGGGCAUUUCAACAUCUGAGGCUGCAUAACUGCAUUAAACUGCAUUAUAUCUGCAAUAAACUCAAAGUCUUCACCAAACAAAAUCUUAACAUGGCUCCAAUAUGAACAACAAACAUUAAGGCUGCACACCUCUGAUGCGUGUGACUCUCAUUAUGGUAAUGACUUGCUAGUGAAAGCAAAGGAAAGACUGUAAAAAACACUGGAUAGUCAACAAGAGGAAAUUUGAGAUGAUCUGUAUCGAUCCCCACUACGGCUGAUUGUAGGAUAGUCCAGCUCAGUUUCUUUACUGUCACACUUAGUAUCCAAGAAACAAAACAGGAGAGUGUCGAAUCACGGAUAGAUGAUAAGAGAAACUGCUGAUUUCAAAAAGCACAACAACCCUGUGGCUUUGUAGUGAAACAUGACACAAAGGUGUCUCCCUGCUGCAGGGGAAAACAAACAGUAGAAAGGAGGCACUACCGUUUUAUUUAGAGCAAUGAAACUGAUGUAGCAAUGAAGUUAUUUAUGCUCAUCUUUUAUACAAAAUAAUAUGAUAGGAAAUGGACAUGUGGCUGAGAGUUUCAUAUAUAUUAUUUGAAUUCAAGAGAAUAUAUGGCAGACAUUGAAAUCAAGAGACAAGCCUCAUGUGAUCAUGUGUAAUCUGAUAUUUUCUUACUGCUGUGUCAAGACAGUCCGAGCAGACUGAUUUUACAUCAACACAUUUUAUUCAAAUUUGCAGCUGAUGAGCAUUUAAUAGAUGGAGGGCUGCUCUGCUCCAUGAACAGCUCAUCAGGUCCUCCUCGGCACUGUGCAAAUUGUUCAUCAUAAUUACAGGGGUGAAGAUGUAAAUAUUUGGACAUAAUUAAACCAGGUAUCUAUUUGUUCAGGCUCUGCCUCGUAGCUUCUGAGUACAUCUUUAUCCUAAACUAUCUACAAAUACAGCGUCAAGUUAGGGGGCUACAAUACAAUGAUGCAUGUUUUGUUUGGAUUUAUUAUGUGAUUUACAUAUUCAGUUCAGGCAUUCCCCAAGAUAACAGAGCAUUAGCUACUCUCACUGAAUCAAACAACUCCAAAACAAACUCUAUUAGCUUUGUGGCAAAAGAACCAGAUAUUUCAGCCAUCUUUAUGUUUCUUCACAUUUCCUUACCAUGAGUUAAAAUGUUUUAUACCACGUGCUUUUUAGGGUGUGACUUAUCCUGCCUGUCAUGGCAUCUGGAGUAAGUGGGCCCCCCCAUUAGAGAGGAGUCGACUGGCCACAAUCUCAUUCUGCGGUAACUCUUCUCUCACUUUAUCCUGAUGACAAUUUUUGACAGGUUCAGAUUUGAUGAGGCAACAUAAUUUGCUGCGUAUCGCUGUGCUGAUUAAAAUGUUUCACUGUCUGUCAGGCUCGUAUGCUGGUGCUGUGAUAGCGAUGCCUCUGGCUGGGAUCCUGGUUCAGUACUCAGGCUGGUCCUCUGUGUUCUAUGUCUACGGUAAGUGAUUGAUGACGGAUUGUGUGUCUGAGUGUGCCUGGGGGGAAAGAAAGGGGGUCUAAUUCUGGGGUGAAAUUAUAACACUGUUUGUUGAUUUAUAGAUACGUAGAUAUUUUUGGGGGAUUUCAGUCUGAUGUUUUUUUAAGCUUGGUUGAAACCUGAAGAGUUUGACAAUCGGAGAGUCCAGUGAAAGUCAAAUGGAUUUAUCCUGGCAGACUGUGUAUUGAUUUCCUCCCCUCGGUGUUUGGGUGUGUCGAUAAAUAACCCCCCAUCUCGCUCUGUCUCUCUCUCAUUGGACUGAAUACAGUUAGCUUUCCUGUCUGGGUUUUAUUCUCGCAGGCAUUUUGGAAAGAUCAAGCUGCCAAACACUCUUGUUCCUCUAUGUGUGUGUGUUUGUGGGUGGUGGUGGGGGGAUUAUAUGUGUACGAAAUUAAAGUCAAAAUAAGAUAUGGUAUUCUCUGCAACCAUCCCAAGUCCUGACAUGUUAUCUGUCUGUGAUAUGCAGGGUGCUUUGGCAUCUUUUGGUACAUGUUUUGGAUCUUGGUGUCCUAUGAGAGCCCCGCUGAACAUCCUACCAUUACUGAUGAGGAGCGCUGCUACAUAGAGGAGAGCAUUGGAGAGAGUGUCAAGCUAACAGGUCCUGCAGAGGUGAGGAGAAACACUCCAGAUAUCAAAGAAUCUGUGUUUGCAAACCAGGUUUCAGCGCGAUUAUCCAUUUCUAUUUUGUGUUGUUUUAGACACUAAUUAAAAGCUAGGUGAUUGUCUGUGUGAAUUCAAUAUUUUGUUUACAUCUACAACAGAAAUUUAAGACGCCCUGGAGGAAGUUCUUCACCUCUAUGCCUGUCUAUGCAAUCAUCGUGGCCAACUUCUGCAGGAGCUGGACGUUUUACCUGCUGCUGAUCAGCCAGCCUGCGUACUUUGAAGAAGUGUUUGGCUUUGAGAUUAGCAAGGUGAGGUUAAUCACAACUCCGUACGAGAAGAACAACCAGAAUUCGCAAAGUGAUCGGGCAAUUAUGGAUUGAUGUGAAAUGAGGAUGUUUAAAAGUCCUCUGAACGUCACAGUACAUAUAUUGUCUAAUGCGCUACUGUAUCUGAUUGGGUUGAUGUUUUUGUGUGCGGCUGUAGGUUGGCAUACUGUCUGCUCUGCCUCAUUUGGUGAUGACCAUCAUUGUGCCCAUCGGAGGCCAGCUGGCCGACUACCUGCGGAGCAAGAACAUCCUGUCAACCACCACUGUCAGGAAAAUCAUGAACUGUGGAGGUGAGAAGACUGAACUCGGAGUGAGAUCUCAUUUUCAACACCUCUCUCUGCACAGCUACAGGGUGUGACUUUCAGGGUGUUAGAUCCAUACUGCUCUCUUUUUCAUUUGCUUCUCACUAAAUGGGUUUAAAAAUACGGUCGCUUUCAUAUUUUUGUAAAAGAUCUAUUUUUUUUUCUAUGUUUGCGCUCAAGCUGAAUUUGACUGUGCAUUGAUUUCAUAUCCAUCACUUAUGUAAUUGAGUGCAGACUGAGCAUCGGGCUUAAUUCAAUUGGCACAGUGAUGAACAACAGCUGUGGGCUUUGUGUGUUUUUGUGUAUGUGUGAGUGACCCACUGUCUGUCUCUGUCAGGAUUUGGCAUGGAGGCCACAUUGCUGCUGGUGGUCGGGUAUUCUCACAGCAAAGGGGUGGCCAUCUCCUUCCUGGUACUGGCAGUGGGCUUUAGUGGAUUUGCUAUAUCAGGUGAGUAUAGAUCAUACACUCUUCACUGUAAUCUUUAAAUACAAUUUAGGAUCCAAUAUUGUUUAAUAGCUUUUGAUGGAUUUGAAUGUUUUUAUUUCCUCGGCAGAAAGGACAGUGAACGUGUAUUUUAGACUAUCAUAAAGGGGGAUGUAAAAUGAGGCAGUAGAUGUAUUUGUAUUUAGUGAUCUAUCUGCAUUUCCAAGACCUACUUCAGCCAUCAGAUGUCAGAUGUUACUGAAAAUACAUUUUCAUUGACUGCCAAAAUAAAGCUUUCAGCAUUUUGGCCAUUCAUUCAAAGAUCCGCUCAUAUUUGUGCUUAGUAACAAAGGAAACAGAGGUCUGUGACUGUGUGUGAAAAUCAGUUUCUCGCCUGUUGUUCUUGAGCUCUCUGCUGGAGUGUUUAAUAAUUCAGUACGGGCUGUCUCGGGGGAUCUGUGAGGCAGGGAGUGUGAGGCAGCUCGCAAGGACACUUACUCAUUCAGCCAGUCAGAGUGGGGGAGGAGGAGGAGGAGGAUGUGCGGCUAGUUGCUGCCUAUUUCUGCAACAAGAUGGUCCCCGUUUGUGCUGCUUUUAUCUGCGACUGUCUCCCGCUUCUGUUUUUUUAAUAUGCACUGACACAGUGGUCCCUUUAACCGAGAUCUAGUUCCCAGGCCUUGUUUACAUUCGUCAAAAUGAAAUUACCCAACAACCUUUUAAUUGUACUCGAUUUAUGUGUUGUUUAUUCCAUCAGGCUUUAAUGUCAAUCACCUGGACAUUGCUCCACGCUAUGCCAGCAUCCUAAUGGGCAUCUCGAAUGGCGUGGGUACCUUGUCUGGGAUGGUGUGCCCACUGAUUGUUGGUACAAUGACAAAGAACAAGGUAAGGACGUCUCACAUACAGCUCUCUAGACCACCCUUCAAAAAUUUCCUGCGAGACUCUCAAUGUCAGUAUUUAGGAUCAUUUAUGACCAUGAAUAACUGGUUGCACACUUUCAUAGAGGUAUGAGUAGGCACCAAUGUUAAUUCAGCCAACAAAAACCAAAAGGCAAUUUGCGAGGCAUGUAUAGAUGAUUACCCAGCAAUGCUUUUAUCUGUACAUCACUCUUCUAGGAGAAAUAAGGAAUACUGCACUAAAAAUCAACUUUUAAGACUUUAUAGGAGCUGCAAACAUUGCUUUGUUGUAAUAUUAAAUGAGCUGUAACUCAAUUGUAAAUAUUUAAAAGUAUAUGUGAGCAUGUAUCGUUUAAAUGCAGAGUAAAAUGGGUGGAUUGUACCCACUCUUAAUUAAAGUUUCAUUGUACGAUGCUCACACAGGACACAUCACAGAUAAUCCCAAACGUUAACCUGAUACUUUUUUUGUGUCUCCUUUAUAAAAAAAAGCGAACUUUCAUAAAAUACACGUCCUUUAAAUGCAACUUAACAACUUAUCAGGGUCAUAAAUAAACAAUAUGACAUAUAUUUAUGAAUCCAGAUUAAAACAGACUUUUAUUUCCCUCUACAGACUCGAGAGGAAUGGCAGUAUGUGUUCCUGAUCGCCUCCAUGGUGCAUUAUGGGGGAGUGAUUUUCUACGGUAUUUUCGCAUCAGGAGAGAAACAGCCAUGGGCCGACCCAGAACUCACCAGUGAAGAAAAGUGUGGCUUCAUAGACGAGGACGAGCUGGCAGAAGAGACGGGCGACAUUACCCAAAGUUACGGUGCCUUUGCGGCUCCGGCCAAGUCGUACGGUGCGACCACGCAGGUGAACGGAGGAUGGGCCUCGGGCUGGGAGAAGACGGAAGAGUACGUCCAGGAGGAGGCACAGGGAGCCGGCUAUGGAUACAGGCAGGAUGAGGGAUACUCCUAGACCAAACACAAAAUCAUUCAUACAUGAGUAGACUUCUUUUUUUCCUGAGUGUCCAUCUGUUUAGUCAUAAAAGAUAACGAACAACCAAUGAGACAUGAGAAAAAUGACAACCCCAUCGUUGUAUUGUUUGCACAAAUUCUACAAACAACUCUUCAAAAGUAUCAACGUAAUAUAAAAACUCCUAACUGUAAAAAACAUUUAAAGAUAUUUGAUUAAUAGAGGUGUGUAACACAUAUCAAAUUGGCAGUCUGUAAAUGUAUUAUUAUGCAUAUUGAUAAUAGAUAUAUUAUGGGCGUGCAGUUGUGUGUAAAUGUGAACAUUUUCAUUCCCGUCAGCUGAGGCGUCCUGACCUCGCUGAAGCCUUUAGGGUAGAACCGACCCGUUAUUUUAGAAAGUAACUUUUAACAGUGCAGUGAACUACCAGCCAGCCAUCACAGUGUAUAAACAUGUACUGCACAGCAUUGUAACAGGAAGUAGACACUCUGUGGUUAGAGACUGUACUGUACCUCUCCUGAAUGCACUCAGAAUAGCGUGUCCUUUUAAUGCACAAUAUGACCAUUUUUUUAUUUUGGUUUUGUAUCACUGGCUUGUGCGUGUGUGUGUGUGUAAAAAAAAAAUGUAAGUGACCUACUGUGAGGAUCUGAUGAUUGGCAUAAUGAAUUCGGAUAAUUGUUCAGUCUAACUUGCGUAAAAGGUAAACUGUCCGUCCAAUGUUGUCCUGCUACAUGUGACACAUUUUGUAACUCAGCUUUUGAUUUUAGUUUUUGCAACCUGUUAAAUCUCAGCAGUGUGGUGCAGCUAUGAAGCUGUGCUCAUGAUUACAAUCCAAAUCACCACUGAGCCGUUAAAUACUGGCUGUACCGGUGCGUUACUGCCUUCGUGAAAACAUAUUUAAGAGAGAGACAGAAUAAAGAUAUUUAAGAGUUUUUAGAUCAAAUUUACGUGACCAGGAUUUUCAUGGUUGUAAACAACUUUAUGAAAGGGUUUGUGCAAUACAAAAACUUUAGGACAAAAUCAGUAUGAGAAUAAAACUAUAUAAGAGUAACAAAUUUAAAAAUGUUUAAUAGAGGUAAAAAAGUUAGAGUAAUCAUGACUGAAGGGAUAAGCUAUCAAGCACACAUUAAAGCCUCUAGAGACAGUUUUUGUUGUCAAAAUGAUGUGGGUGUUUCCAUCAGGUUUUAUGCAUUAGUUACAGAGCUGUAGGUCCUCAUAUAAAUGUUGCUAAACCAGAAAAAUGUGAUACCGUGCUUUUCUAGUGUAGACCCAUCCAAAUGGAGCAGGUUAGGAGUGAAUAUACAAAAAUAAAACGAGAGUGAACAAAAACUGUCGGGCAGAAAUGACACAUUUUAUAAAGAGAGGAGCACAUCUGAAAACUUCACUUUUAGAGAAUUAAAAUCAUAUUGCAUUGCUGACAUUAAAAAGGAUAUUUGUAGUGAAGAAGUAUUUGAAUUUUAACAUCUAUAUAUAGUUUGCAUUACAUUCAAUAUAACAGAUUUCUAUCCAUAGUUGGAGAGGCAAUACAGCUGGAGAGAUGCAAUCACAAACGUGUGCAAUUUAAAAAAAAAUCAAUUUCUCCAUCCCCUUUAUAGAAUGGGGGUAAGGUGAGACGUUGAGUAUAUGAAUAUAAAAUGAAGCAGCUUGUCAUUACUUCCUGAAGCCUGCUUUGGUGUCUCAUGCUCCUAAAUUCAAAGAUGAAAACCGCUGCAGAGUCUGUUUUGUCCUCAUUCUGCACUUACACUGACAAGGUCUGAAGGGGGCCAAGUUUGUUUCAUUUGUCACUUGUCUGCACUUCACAAUAUAGAUGUGUGUGGAUGUGUAUUUAUGCAUGGAACAAUGUGAAGUUUGUUAUAUGUCUGGGUUUUUUUUUACAUGUAUGUUUCCUUCAUUUAAAGCUUAUUUGUCUUUGUCUCAGAAACUGUUACUGAUGCUUCAAUUUCUUUGCACAAUUAACCAAAGGUGAAGAGCAGAGCUUGGUUUUUCAGCAGGAAGUCCGACAUAUUUAAAGGCAGUACAGACCAUCAGCAGCAAGGGUCCAGCAUGUGAACCCCCCCUAGUGUGCAGGUGGCACCAAUAUUACUCAAUGUACAAAGCAAUAAGUCCAUAGUAACAGUUCUGGUCAUGAACAGUCUUUAUGUAACUAUUUUUUUACACAUUCGUUUCAAGAGUGGUGUUUCUUUUUGUGAUAACAGAUGUAGAAAAAAAAACACUUGUAAAGAAAAAAAUCUAGAAAUAUUCAGUAUGUAUAAAGAUAUAGUAAUAGAGUCCAACACAAGCGUCUUCAAAGAGUUUGUGACAGGGCUGCUCACCAGAUGAGAAUGAUAAAGAGCUCCGUCUGAGAGGCGGACGCUCGUCCUCUUCGUGGUUUUGUUUCUUCGUAGUCCACAUGGACUGUGUGCUGUUGUUUCCUCUUCUGCUUUCUGCCUCUGUAUCUUCCCCCUCCUUCUUCUAUCUAUCUUUCUCUCUCUCUUUUUCCUCCUGUCUUUAGUUUAAUUAAUGUCCUUCAUUCUGUGGUUGGACCCCCUCUUGCCCUGCUUAACCACAUGUACCUCACCCCUCACCUGUACAACCCACUGUCACAAUAUUUGAUGAAAGCUUAACAGGUGAAUCUGCAUUUUCAGAAAUGACAAAUGUGCAGCCUGAAGUAGUUCAAAGUUUCCUGUUUUCGUGCCUCUAAAGUUACAGUGUGGUUCAAUGGCUUCUGUUGCUGUGUAAAUUGAAAGGUUUGUUGAUGUCAAGGUGAAAUACUCUAUAUCCUUUUUUAUAAAAACAAGUAAACUAAU